ACAAUGCUGUUGUGAAAGAUUCUUGCGGAUUGGUCACACUGCAACACACAGACGAAAUUAAGUGACACGUCAAGAUUAACAAUUGGUAGCCAUAAUGACGCAAGUGCCGUGCUACACAAUCAUCAACUCACCGGACCUCGAGGUGCCGAACGAGAUGCAACUAAAGCAAGACCUCGAGAAAGGCGACACGCAUGUCAAAAUCGAGACGCUUAAAAAAGUGAUAAAGCUGCUGUUGAACGGCGAACGCUAUCCAGGAUUAAUUAUGACAAUAAUACGCUUUGUCUUGCCCGUUCAAAAUCAUACAAUAAAGAAGCUGUUGUUGAUCUUCUGGGAAAUAGUGCCGAAGACCUCAGCGGACGGCAAACUGCUGCAAGAAAUGAUAUUGGUGUGCGACGCUUAUCGCAAAGACUUGCAACACCCGAACGAGUUUCUGCGUGGCUCAACGCUGCGUUUCCUCUGCAAGCUGAAGGAGCCCGAGCUGCUGGAGCCCUUAAUGCCGGCCAUACGCGCCUGUCUGGAUCAUCGUCAUAGCUAUGUGCGUCGCAAUGCCGUGUUGGCCAUCUUUACCAUAUAUAAAAACUUUGAUUGGCUAGUGCCGGACGGUCCGGAGCUGAUAGCAAGCUUCCUGGACACACAACAAGAUAUGAGCUGCAAGCGUAAUGCAUUCCUCAUGCUGUUGCAUGCAGAUCAGGAGCGGGCCUUAAACUAUUUGGCCUCUUGCAUUGAUCAAGUGCAAAGCUUUGGCGAUAUUCUGCAGCUGGUUAUAGUGGAGCUCAUCUAUAAGGUGUGCCAUGCUAAUCCUGCGGAAAGGUCACGCUUCAUACGCUGCAUCUAUAAUCUGCUAAACUCCAGCUCUAAUGCUGUGCGUUAUGAAGCUGCGGGCACGCUUAUUACUCUCUCCUUGGCGCCCACGGCUAUUAAAGCUGCUGCUGGCUGUUAUAUUGAACUUAUCGUCAAGGAGAGCGAUAAUAAUGUGAAGCUCAUUGUGCUGGAUCGCUUGAUAGCCAUGAAGGAAAACGAGCAUAUGGAGAAGGUUAUGCAGGAUUUAGUUAUGGACGUGCUACGCGUACUUGCCGCGCCUGAUAUUGAAGUACGUCGUAAGACUCUAGCGCUGGCCAUGAAUCUGGUGUACUCACGCAACAUCAACGAAAUGGUGCAGGUGCUGCAGAAGGAGGUGGCCAAAACGCAUAACGUAGAGCAUGAGGAUACGGGCAAAUAUCGGCAGCUGCUAGUGCGCACACUGCACACUUGCUCCAUUAAGUUUCCCGAUGUCGCUAGCAAUGUUAUACCCGUGCUGGUCGAGUUUCUGUCCGAUACCAAUGAGCUGGCUGCUGUGGAUGUGCUCAUCUUUAUACGCGAGGCUAUACAAAAGUUCCCAGCUCUACGUGCGCUUAUUAUUAAGCACUUGAUUGACGCCUUUCCACAAAUCAAAAGCGCUAAAAUACAUCGCGCUGCUGUGUGGAUUCUUGGCGAGUAUGUUGAGGGUGCACAAAUCUUGGAAGUGGUGGCAGCCAUACAGCAAACUUUGGGUGAAAUACCCAUGGUGGAUGCCGAACAGCGGCGCCUGGCAGGCGAGCAGUCUGAGGAGCAACAACAGCAGCAACAGAAGGAAUCUGGUGAUACCAAUGCCGGCACCCAGAGCAGCAGCAGCAGCAGCAGCAAUAAGGUCACCUCCGAUGGCACCUAUGCCACCCAGAGCGCGUAUAGCUUGGCACCCGUGCCCAAAAAGGAGAAACGUCCACCACUGCGUCAAUAUUUAAUGGAUGGCGAUUUCUUCAUUGGCGCCAGCUUGUCCGCCACGCUGACCAAGCUCGCCUUGCGCUAUGCCGAAGUGCAGCCCGAAGCACGCGCACAGAAUCGUUUGACCACACAGGUUAUGCUCAUCAUGAGCUCCAUACUGCAUCUGGGCAAGUCUGGUUUUCCCACAAAGCCUAUAACUUAUGAUGAUAACGAUCGCAUAAUGAUUUGUCUGCGCACAUUGAGCGAUCGCACGCCUGAGGCAGUGGCAAUCUUCAAGCAUGCCUGCCGUGAUGCUUUGGGCAAGAUGUUGGAUGCACAGCAUGAGGAGGAUCAGCGCAUGAUUAAGGAGAAACAACGUGCUACGGCUAAAGUGCAACCGGACUCACCUGUGCUCUUUGCCCAGCUCUCCAACGGACGCGAUAAUCAGCUGGGCGAGAAUGUAUUCGAGUCCAGCUUGAAUCAAGCCCUGGCGGGCAGCAAGACGGCACAGCUAAGCGAUAUGGCUUCACCCAAUAAUAAGCUGAACAAGGUGACACAACUGACAGGCUUUUCGGAUCCAGUCUAUGCUGAGGCUUAUGUCAAUGUUAAUCAGUAUGAUAUAGUGCUGGAUGUGCUCCUUGUCAACCAGACCAAUGAUACCUUGCAAAACUGCACGCUGGAGCUGGCUACGUUGGGUGAUUUGAAGCUGGUGGAGCGACCACAUCCUGUGGUGCUGGCGCCACAUGAUUUCUGCAAUAUUAAGGCCAAUGUCAAAGUGUCCUCCACGGAAAAUGGCAUUAUAUUUGGCAAUAUAGUUUAUGAUACCGCGCUUAACACCAAUGUGGUUGUGCUUAAUACCAUACACAUUGACAUUAUGGAUUACAUUAUACCAGCCAGCUGCACGGACACUGAGUUCCGUCAAAUGUGGCAGGACUUUGAGUGGGAGAAUAAAGUCACAGUUAACACUAGCUUCACGGAUCUGCAUGAGUAUCUCAAGCAUUUGCUAAAGAGCACCAAUAUGAAGUGCCUAACGCCAAACAAGGCAUUGUCCGGCCAAUGUGGCUUCAUGGCCGCCAACAUGUAUGCCAAAUCUAUAUUCGGUGAGAACGCCUUGGCCAAUUUAAGCAUUGAGAAGCCUGUUGAUGAUCCUGACUCAAAGGUCACUGGACACAUACGCAUACGGGCCAAGAGUCAGGGCAUGGCUUUAAGCUUGGGAGAUAAGAUCAGCUCAUCGCAGAAGCAAUCGGUGCAGGCAGCCUAACUGAGAAGCGAGCUGCAGAGCACAAGCAUUAAACAGUUUUAAGAGUUGGUGGCCGAGCAACGGCCUGCAUUCCGCCUGAUUCUGAUGAUACCAUACACAAAUACAAUAUACAUGCAAUUAUACAUUAUUUAAUAAACUUAUCCGCUCCAA